AUGGAGCUGGUGCGCGUCGACCGCCAGAGAAGCGAGGCGCUGAUCAACAUCGUGUCCGCGCUGUACGGCAAGCUGCUGGUGGUGUUUGGGGUCGCUCUUGCCAUCACUGAAGCCAUCGCCGAUCACAACCACACCAUCAGAUAUGACGCAUUCUACCUGUACCUGUACGUGGGGAGCAUCGCCUACCUGUUCUACGUGUACGUGGCCCAUCUGAAGGAACGAACUGUCAGACGAGCGAAAGAACGAGCUACGAGAGACUCGCCGGCGGAGAGACAGCACGGGGCGGCUGUGGCGGGCCAGCGGGGCGACCCUGAGGUCAGGUACGGCAGCUUCUACCUCCGGGUCGGAGUCGCUGCGUUUGGCUUCGGCAGCGCCCUCUACUCCGCGCUUGCGCUCGGGCGCUACUUCGAGCGCAGCGCGGCGGAGGGGUGCGCCGACGUCACGGUAGCCGUCAACCCCGUCGCCAGGACCGCCUUCGUCAUCCUGCAGAUGGCCUUCGUCUUCGCCAACAACGGCAAGGGACAGAACUUGAUGUGCAUCUUGGGCUUCUCGACGCAUGUGCGACGCGCGUUGCAGUUCCUGGCGUCGCCGGCGCACGCGGCUGUGUCGAGGUUCGGGCUGGCUCACAUGAUCGCCGCCAACCUCUGCAAGUGGCUGUACGUGGUCGUGCAGGAGGCCCGGGUGGACAUCUCUGGAGGCGAGGAAGCGCGCAACGCCAGCUUGCAGGAGACCCAGAGCCCCCGCGGCGGCGACCCCUGCUGGACGUCUCGCGCCGUGGCCUCGGCCAUGCGCGACGCCGCGCCCUACCUGUUCCCCUGCACCGUGGAGUACAGCCUGCUGUGCUCCGUUAUCCUCGCCGCCAUGUGGCGCUCCGUGCGCGACGCCUCCUGCGACCCGGGCCGGCGCGCGCGCAAGCGCAGCAGCGGCGUCAACGUCAUCUACGCGCGCUCCGUCAGCCAGUUCAGCGUGGACCUGUCGCGCGCCGGCAAGGGGCUGUUCCUCGGGCUGGUGGCGGCCGCCGCGUCGGCGCUCAGCCUGCUCGUGUUCGCCGAGCUGGAGGCGGGCGCCGCGGUGCGCCAGGCGGACGCCUGCGAGGCGGCGCUGUACGCCUCGGCGGCGGCGGCGUCCGUCUGCGGCCUGGUCGCCGUCAGGUCGCUGCCGCGCCGGCCCGACCGCCGCCGCCUGCAGCUCGAGCACGCGCUGCUCUUCGCGGCGCACGGCGGCCUGCUGCUCUACCUCGUGUUCCUCAUGGCGGGUGGCUUCUUCGACGCCGACGUCGCCGCCGACCCCUGGCGCGUCAUGAAGGUGCUGACCCCCGCCUCGGCGCUCGUCCAGAGCUGCUGCCAGACGCUGCUGGUGGUCGACGCGUGGCGCCGGGCCUGCUCUACACCCGACCAGCUGCGGCGCAAGCCCGGCCGCCAGCACGUCACCUUCCUGCUGGUCGCCAACGUGUGCAUGUGGGCCGUCAAUCGCCUGCUCAACAACCGGCCCUGGUCGCACCCGGCCAUGGCGCGCUUCUACGGCGCGCGCGCCUGGACCAUCAUCACGCACGUGUGCGUGCCGCUCGUCAUGUGCUACCGCUUCCAGUCCUCCGUCUGCCUCUACGAGAUAUGGAUGCACGUCUACAAGAUGCAGUGA